CUAGUUCUAGUAGUUCUUUGAUUUUUGGUAGUGAAGUAUGUUCCUCUUUGUCUGUUUAUGGGACAAGGGUAAAGACUGUCACAUAGCCCUCAGCUACCCCUACAUCACUGCUUUGUGUGAAGGACCUCGUUCUGCAGAAGCAGAGUGAAUUCAUGUUUGAUGGAUUUCAGCUUGGCUACUCUUUCUAUGUGAAAAACUGGGAAUUACUUGCAUGCUGUUAUUGAGAAGGAUGUGCUGUGAGAGACCAACAUACAGUGAAAUCUUUUCAAAGAACACUUUCAUCAGACAAUCCCCUGUUAAGAGAUUGACCUGAAGUACCCUUUGUGUCUUUAGUCCAGUCUCUAUUCUACUCUUCUGGAAAGCUUCUGCUGAGUCACUGAUCUAUGUGUGGGAGUGCAUGCUGUCCUAAAGGGACCUGGAGCAGUCUGGAGCAAUGCCACCACCUUCAGACAUUGUAAAAGUAGCUGUUGAAUGGCCAGGAGCCAAUGCCCAGCUGCUGGAAAUAGAUCAGAAAAGGCCUCUCGCAUCUGUCAUCAAAGAGGUCUGUGAUGGGUGGUCACUGCCAAACCCUGAAUACUACACCUUGCGGUAUGCUGAUGGGCCUCAGCUGUACAUCACAGAGCAGACUCGCUGUGACAUCAAGAAUGGAACUAUCCUGCAGCUGGCAAUCUCCCCGUCUAGGGCAGCUCGCCAACUGAUGGAGAGGAUUCAGUCGCACAGUAUGGAAGCCCGACUGGAUGCCAUGAAGGAACUUGCUAAACUUGCAGCAGAUGUGACCUUUGCUACAGAGUUCAUCAACAUGGAAGGGAUUACAGUGUUGACACGUCUUGUGGAAUGUGGGACCAAGCUUCUGUCCCAUUACAGUGAGAUGUUGGCAUUCACCUUGACUGCCUUCUUGGAGCUCAUGGACCAUGGCAUUGUCUCUUGGGACAUGGUCUCAAUAACCUUCAUCAAACAGAUUGCAGGGUAUGUGAGUCAGCCUAUGGUAGAUGUCUCCAUCCUCCAGCGAUCCCUAGCCAUCCUAGAAAGCAUGGUGUUGAACAGUCAGACUCUGUAUCAGAAGAUAGCCGAAGAGAUCACCGUGGGGCAGCUUAUCUCUCAUCUACAAGUUUCAAACCAAGAGAUUCAGACAUAUGCCAUUGCCCUGAUCAAUGCCCUCUUUUUGAAGGCUCCAGAGGACAAGAGACAGGACAAGCUCCUUAACCCGCUAGACCUGCCCAUCACUGAAAUGGCUAAUGCAUUUGCCCAGAAGCACCUGAGAUCUAUAAUUCUGAAUCAUGUGAUCAGAGGAAACCGCCCAAUUAAAACAGAAAUGGCGCAUCAGCUAUAUGUGCUACAGGUCCUGACCUUUAAUCUGCUGGAAGAGAGAAUGAUGACCAAGAUGGACCCUAAUGAUCAGGCACAGCGAGACGUCAUAUUUGAGCUGAGAAGAAUAGCAUUUGAUGCGGAGUCUGACAGCAAUACUGUCCCUGGCAGUGGAACAGAAAAACGCAAAGCCAUGUACACCAAGGACUACAAGAUGCUGGGAUUCACUAAUCACAUCAAUCCAGCAAUGGAUUUUACACAGACUCCUCCAGGGAUGCUGGCAUUGGACAACAUGCUCUACUUAGCCAAGUUUCAUCAGGACACCUAUAUCAGGAUUGUUCUGGAGAACAGCAGUCGAGAAGAUAAGCAUGAGUGUCCUUUUGGGCGCAGUGCCAUUGAACUUACCAGAAUGCUUUGUGAAAUCCUGCAAGUUGGGGAGCUCCCUAAUGAAGGUCGAAAUGACUAUCACCCCAUGUUUUUCACCCAUGACCGCGCAUUUGAGGAGCUGUUUGCCAUCUGCAUCCAGCUGUUGAACAAGACCUGGAAAGAAAUGAGGGCGACAGCUGAAGAUUUUAAUAAGGUUAUGCAAGUUGUGAGGGAACAGAUCACACGGGCUCUCCCCUCCAAACCUAACUCCUUGGAUCAGUUCAAGAGCAAACUGCGCAGCCUGAGCUAUUCUGAGAUUCUGCGAUUACGCCAGUCUGAGAGAAUGAGCCAGGAUGAUUUCCAGUCGCCACCCAUUGUGGAGCUGAGAGAGAAAAUCCAACCUGAGAUCUUAGAACUGAUAAAGCAGCAGCGCCUGAACAGGCUCUGUGAGGGGAGUAGCUUUCGAAAAAUUGGAAAUCGCAGAAGACAAGAAAGAUUUUGGUAUUGUCGCCUGGCUCUGAAUCACAAGGUGCUGCACUAUGGAGAUCUGGAAGAUAAUGCUCAGGGGGAAGUGACCUUUGAAUCACUACAGGAAAAAAUUCCAGUUGCAGACAUCAAAGCUAUUGUCACAGGGAAGGAUUGUCCACAUAUGAAGGAGAAAAGUGCGUUGAAACAGAACAAGGAAGUGUUAGAAUUGGCCUUUUCGAUAUUAUAUGAUCCUGAGGAGACCUUGAACUUCAUUGCACCUAAUAAAUAUGAGUACUGUAUCUGGAUUGAUGGGCUUAAUGCACUCUUGGGGAAGGACAUGUCCAGUGAGCUGACCAAGAGUGACCUGGACACCUUGCUGAGCAUGGAAAUGAAGUUGAGACUCCUGGACUUGGAGAAUAUCCAGAUCCCUGAAGCACCACCCCCUAUCCCUAAAGAGCCAAGCAGCUAUGACUUUGUCUAUCACUAUGGGUGAUGCAGGCCAAGUGGCCUGGGUCGCACCCAGCAGCCUCAUACCCUGCAACCUGACGCUGGCACUGCUGUUCCUUGCGUGGGGCCUGCUGCAGGCACUGCCGGCUCAAGCGCCGCUCAGGUGCCCGGCCAGCCCCAGGACUGGUCCCUGCCCGCCUGCAGCAGUGCCCUCACCGUGCCAGCACGGCUGGCCUGCGGCGAGGCCAGGCACGAGCGCCUGUCUCAUCACUGUACGACUUUUGUAUGAGUUAAAAUAAUAACCAAUAGCACUGCUGUGGCA